AUGCCGAUGUUUGUAAAUCAGACUCUAUUUGCAUUCGCUACUCCAAUCGAAUCAAACCAUUCUGCAGCAUAUAAUGUUUGCAUUGAUAUUCCGCCCCAUAUUGUCUCAGAUGGUUUUUGGGGAGGACACCAAACAGAAGGGUCACCAUUAAAGUCUUCUUUUCCAGUAUUCAUGCUUCAAAUCAUUGUAAUCUAUGCUGUUACACAGCCUAUCCAUUUCCUUCUUAAGAAGUUUGGUUUACCUGUGUUCAUUUCUCAAAUGAUGGCUGGGAUACUUAUAGGACCAUCGUUGAAUGUAUUUGAGCAAUACAAGAUGAUGCUGUUUCCUUUUGGAAGUCAGGAUACACUAGCAACAAUAACAUCACUUGGUUAUGUACUGUUCAUGUUUGAGAAUGGUGUGAAAAUGGAUAUUGGCAUGAUAUUCAGGACAGGAAAGAAGGGAUGGGUCAUUGGUUUUUUAGGGUUGGCAACACCUCUGAUAGUUGGUUAUGCAUCUUACAACUUCGUGACAAAAAAUGUGGGGGCAACUUUUGGAUCCAAAAAAAAUGCAUUCGGUGUUGUAUUGAUAACACAGAGUAUAACUUCAUUUGCAGUGAUUGCUUCGGUGCUGAAUGAACUUCAAAUACUAAACUCUGAACUUGGGAGACUCACAUUAUCUAGUUCAUUGGUGGGUGACUUAUUAAGUAACAUUAUUUUGGGUAUUGGCUCAAUCGUUGAUAAAUCACCCAACAGUAAGGUAGUUGGCAUAAGUUUGGGAGCUACAAUUGCCUUGAUUAUAGUCAUUUUCUUUGUCUACCGUCCUGCAAUGUAUUGGGUGAUUGAACACACACCAGAAGGCAAAGAAGUGGAUGAUAUUUACAUUAAUAUUAUCAUUGGGAUUCUCUUUACUUUAGGUGCCUUUUCAAUGCUCAUGAAUCUUGAAUUUUUCUUUCUACCUUUUCUUUUUGGAUUGGCUACACCAGAAGGACCUCCAUUAGGAUCUACAUUGGUUAAAAGGAUUCAACUCUUUGGCUCAGAAUUGUUUUUGCCAAUCUACUUUACUAUCUGUGGAAUUAAGGUAGAUCUUUCUGAUUUUGUUUCGUUUCUUCCAACUGUUGCCCCGAUUGUUCUUCUGGGUCAUCUAAUCAAAAUGGGAACAUGCAUGGCAUCUGCACUCUAUUUCAUGGUGCCUUUUAAUGAUGCUCUCUGUCUGAGCCUUCUUAUGAACUACAAAGGUGUUCAGGAAAUUAGCAUGUACAACGCUGCACUUGAUAAAAAUGAUCUCCACAGCCAAACUUAUACAACAAUGAUUACGAUAGUCAUGGUAAUAAGCAGCAUUUUAUACGUGUUGGUGAAACGUUUCUAUGAUCCUUCCAGGAAAUAUGCUGGCUACCAGAAUAGAAACAUUCUAAGUGUAAAGCCCAACUCAUAUUUUCGGAUACUAGUUUGCAUUCACAAACAGCACCAAACAAUUCCUAUUAUCAGAACCCUUGAUCUAUGUUAUCCAACAGAAGAAGAUCCUAUAGUCGUGGAAGCAUUGCAUCUAAUCGAACUAGUUGGUCUUUCCUCACCCAUUUUCAUUUCUCACAAGCUGAAGAAUGGUGAAGUGCGUAGCUCUUACUCUGAGAAUGUCAUUCUUGCUUUCAAACUCUACGAAGGUGAUAAACCAGGUGCAGUAUCAGCAAACCCUUACACAGCCAUAUCCCCACGUAACUUCAUGCAUGAAGAUGUUUGCAACCUUGCAUUGGACAAAGUUGCAUCUUUUAUUAUUCUUCCCUUUCAUAGAAAAUUGACCAAUGAUGGCAACAUUAAAUAUGAUGACAAGAAUGUGAGGGCUCUAAACUGUAUGGUACUUGAAAGGGCUCCAUGUUCAGUUGGAAUCUUAGUGAGUCGUGCUGUAAUUCAUCAUGAAGAAAGAGAUUCAUCUCUUGAGUUAGCAAUGAUAUUUUUGGGUGGGAAUGAUGAUAGAGAGGCUUUGUGUUUAGCCUAUAGAGCAGCAAGGGACCCUACCGUUAACCUUGUGGUGUAUCACAUUGUAGCAGAGAACAACGACGGAAUACCAGACUUGGAUACUAUGAUUGAUAUAGGAAUGUUGAAAGAUGCUAAGAACGAACGUAUGGGAAAUGUGAAUUAUAGAGAAAUACAAGUGGAGGGUGGUAUCCAAACAGUUUCAAUGCUACGUCAAAUUGUGAAUGUGCACGACUUUAUUAUAGUUGGGAGAAGACAUGGCAUUGACUCUCUUCAAACAAGAGGGCUUCAAGAAUGGAGUGAGUUUUCAGAAUUGGGUCUAAUUGGAGAUUUUCUUGCUUCCGCGGAUCUUGAAUGCAAUUCAUCUGUUUUGGUCGUGCAGCAGCAACAACAACACAUUUAG